UCCUCAUUCAUCAACAAACAAAUAGAACAAAUCAAUCAUUCUCAGGCAACAACCAAUCCAAGCAGAACUGCACACAAACAUUCAAAAAUGGCUGCAAAUCGUCGGAAGCAGGACGACAAAAAUUUAGAAAUUUUACGUGAACUCAUUUCAUUGAAUGGUAACAAAUAUUGUUUGGACUGUAACCAAAGAGGGCCUACGUACGUUAACACGACAAUCGGUUCUUUCGUUUGUUCAAAAUGUUCAGGAAUGUUACGUGGGCUCACGCCGCCUCAUCGAGUAAAGUCAAUAUCCAUGGCCACCUUUACUCCAGAGGAGAUAGAAUUCAUAAAGGCGAGGGGUAACGAUUAUUGCAGGCGCGUGUGGUUAGGUCUAUACCAGGGUGAAAGUGUAAACUUUAACGAUGAACAAAGCGUAAAAGAUUUUAUGUCCGAUAAGUAUGAGAAGAAACGAUACUACUUGGAUUCCCAGGUUAACAACACUAUUGUUAAUGGCAAUUCAUCACUGAAGAAUAAAACAAAAGUUAAAGUGAAUAAUACAGUAAGCCCCACUCCAUUGAUAUCAAUUUCAACAACUUUGCAACAACCGACGAAAGCUACAGUUAAUAACAAUACAAUGAGUCAGGCGAAAGUAGGGAACAAUAUACAUCCUGCAGUAAAUGACACCAAUCACAGAGUGGCUAGGCCUGUAAAUAACUACCAACAGCCACUGCUAAACAACAUUGCUAUGCCCACAUCCUCGUCCGUCACUGCUUCUGUACCUGAUUUUCCUGUUGAUUUUUCAACUGCCAACAUUUAUAACAGCAGCCAACAUAAUAACACAAACAACAAUGUAACAACACAAUCUUCUAAUGCUAUGUUCAAUGCUUUCAAUACUCCCACAUCAUCAUCAAAUGAUCGCUAUGCUGCCCUUGCAGAUUUGGACAUGGCAUUGAGACAACAAAAUUUAAAAAUCUUGGAGGAAGGCAGUAAUAUAAGCAAUAAAAACCCAUUCCAAAGCACGAGUACCAAUGACCUGUUUGCUAACAGUAAGAAUCCGUUCAAUGGCGGAUGGAGUGUGGCAACCCAUACGGUCCCAGUGAAUCCAUUUAUGCCUUCUACAAAUAGCGCGGGUUUUGUGAACUCCAAGAAUCCAUUCCUCUGAUAGGCUCUCGAAAACAUCGAGAGUGAACUCAGACCGAGAACAAAUGAAUGCAACAAUAGCACAAACCAAGCUACAAAGUUUAUUUAAAACGUAUAAUUACGAUUAAUUUAUAAAAUGUUUUGCUGUUGAUGGUUAAUCUUAGUGGAAAACUGACCCAAUGUGCUUAUUAUGGUUGUAAACUUAUGUGCCUCAAUCUGCCUUAAAUAUUUACAAAGAAAUUAUUAAUGUAGUAGAGUUGUCGAUAUUUGAAAUUACUAAAGUAUUUUGAUCGAUUUUUAAGAGAUUAUUGUAUGGAUGAAUUAUGAAUGCGCUGGUCCUAGCUAUAUUCUAAAUUAUUUUAAUUAGUAGUUAGUACGGAAACAAAUGUAAAGAGUCAAAGCUAAUAUUUUAGUGAUAAAAUUGUGACUAAACUGUAUACUUUCUAUAGGUACCUAUAAUGCAAAGCACGAUGACAUAAUGGCCAGCCUGUGCCUUGAAAGAUGAUUAGGGUAUCUCUUAUAAGUCCAUUAGACGAUACGAAUUAGAUUGGAUGUUAACGUCAUUGUAUUGCAGUCUGUUUAUAUUCUGCACUAUGUGUUAUGACACUAUAGAGAUACAUUAUUUGUUGCUCUCGUCCACAGUCAUAGGGAGAAAGCAACUUGCCAUAGUUUGGCAACACAAAGUGUAUACAAAUAAUCUUAAUUUGUUACAAAGUUGGCAACAGCUUAUCUAGUGAACAUUGUCAAUAAAUAUUUUUAGAUUGAGUUUAUAAUGUACCUGGUAAUUUUGCUUAAGAAUAUUUGACUAAUAAAUGGUUUGCGUAUCAAAUAAUCGUAGUAGACAUGAACAAAUUGAAGCAGGUAUUUUCUCUACUUGAUCAACUGCCAAAUGAUAUUUUUAAGUUUUUCCUUCCGAAGACUCCAGUAAAAGAGAUUGUUAACAACCAAUUGUAAAAUAAUUGUGAUGCAUUAAUACACAUUUUAUGGAAUUUUUCCGAAAAGACAUUUAAUUGCCUGAAAAUUGAGGUAGGUAUCCAUCAUUUAGUAUAAACAUAAAUGAUAUUUUAAUAAGCAAGAUACUUCGAUAUUGCGGCUGUUGUGUGCACGACGAUAAAUAAGGUCAGCAAGGAACCUGACCUAUAUUAUCUUAUUAUCUGUUAUCAAUCCCGUAGUUGUACUACGUUUGUAGCGGAAGUAGCGUAGUAUAUUAUGGCAUAAACCGCCCCCAACUUACAAUUGGACAAGCGCGCGGUAGAUUCAUCUUUAAAAAGAUCCCUUUUGGCAGUUGAUCUUGGUUUUAAUAUGCUGCCUUUCGCUUGUCGACGCUUUCUAACGCGAAUUAUUUUUUAUAUUAUAAUUAAGUUAUACAACACGUUUAUUCCUUUUUUUACUGUAAUGACAUUUUCUUCAUAUUUUCAACGUUAGCUUUAAUUCUUUUCGUUUUAAGCUUUUAAUUUUUAUACUUUCUAAUUCGACAAGUAAAUAUUUUACUGUAUUGAAAUUCAACGAGUGUCUCACGAAUUAAACAUUUUGUAAUGAUGGCUCUCAAAUGUAUUUCAUCUGUGAUUGUAAUCAGUAAUUUUAUAUUUUUACUCACAAUGAGCUCACUUGAACAAUUUUAUUUUCUAAUCAAUGCACAUUGCUAUUUAUUUAGUUCUUAAUAUAAUUGUUUUUUACUAUUUGAGCACUAAGAUCUGUUAAUUUAUAAUAAAGUUGUAAAAAAUUAAUCACUAUUAAAUUUUUUAUUAAAAAUUA